UUGUUUAUGGUCGCACAAUAUAAUUUAUAAUCGUUUCUCCGAUCAUACUAAAUUAUUUUGCUAAUAAAAUUUUUUAUAAGAUUAUUUUGGAGUUGUGCAUUGAGUUUUACGCAAUAUAUAGAGUAAUGCUAAGUUUUUAGGGUUGUGUGGUGAUAUUAAUUGAAAUGUAUAAUAUGCAUAAAUUUUUCCUUUGUUUUUGGAUCAGCCAUUUAAAAUUAAGAUUGAUAUAUACUAAUAAUACACAAUCAUAUCCAAAAACGAAAGAUCUCUUCAAACAUGUCAUUUUUACAUCCAAAAAGUUCUUUCAUUUCGUUAAAUAUAUUGUCUUGUUAGUACAGGUGGUAAUCUUGCUCAGUUCAUCAAAGGUUGAUACUUGAUGGCUAUGGUGAUCUGUAAUUCGGAAGUCAAAAUUGAAAUCAAUUUUCCAAUGGAAAUAAUUGAAAGCAUACUGUUAAGAUCACAGGCAAAAUCUGUGGUACGGUUCAAGUGUGUUUGCAAAUCUUGGUUAUCCCUAAUAAGCAACCCAAUCUUCAUGAAAGACCACCACAAACGACAAGUAACUCAUACCAUCCAGGCUGUUGGAAGAUUUGGAGGAAUGGUGUGCUCAUCUCAUAGCUCGAAACACUUUGAUCAGAUUUCAUCAAACAUAUUCCCUAAUGACAAGUAUAAGAUGGAGAAUCCACACAUGGCCUUUGUGGGUUGUGAUCAUGGUGUGGUUUGUUUGGUAGACAAUUUUACUCAUGUUUACCUUUGGAACCCUGCAAUUGGAAAUCAUAAAAAACUCCCCGAAUCUCAUCCUCUUAAGGGUAUUUGUAAGUCUCAGACUUUGUUUGGAUUUGGAUACGAACCUCUAACCAAUGAUUUCAAAGUGGUGGCUGCGCGUUCAUGUGAAGGUAACCACAUUUUGUUGGAUGAUAGAAAACUUUGGGUGUUUCAGAAGUUCUUUAUAAGAGGUGAACAAAUUGCAGUAUAUAGUUUGAAAAACAACUCAUGGAAAAGUUUGGUUAUGCCUGAUUUAUUCUCUAUCGAUCAACAUGAUGGUGACAAAGGCGAUACCAAGUUAUUUACAUCUGUAUGUUACAUGGUGUCUGUUGUUGUUAGUGGCUCUAUUCAUUGGCUAAUCUCUUUCGAACAAAGACGUUCUUCUUCUGUAGAGAAGCUUGGGAUAGUUGCGUUUGAUCUAAGUAGUGAGGAAUUUAAGCUCAUUACACCCCCUUCAACUUUAAAUGAUAAAAGAAUUUGGAAUACAAGUAUUUGUAACUUGAGUGGCUGCCUAUCUUUGAUCACAACACCAGGUCCAUCAUCAUGUAUUGACAUAUGGGUCAUGAAGAAGUAUGGUAUGAGUGAUUCUUGGGCUAAAUAUAUAUCUGUGGACUUAGGUAACCAACUAGUGAAAUCUUUUCCAUUAGGUGUAUCACAGAAUGGUAACCUCUUACUUGAAUCAACAAGUGUUGGAGAGCUAAGAAAAGACCGGUAUACUUCCAUUUAUGAUCCCAAGAGUAAGACUAUCCAACAUGUAGGCAAAGGAGAGCGAGGCUCCAAGCCCAACUUUGCAACUUAUGCUGAGAGUAUCUUUCUAAGUUAGACUUUAUUUCUCUUAAUUCUAGUAGUGUUGUGUUGUUUUGUUUACUUUGUGUUUAUUAGUUUAUCAUGCUUACUUUUCUAUAUUUUUGUUUUCUUCUUUAUAUAAUGAAGUUUUACAAUUGUG